CCCCUCCCCCCCACCCCCGACAAGACAACGCAACGCAUCGCGGCGGCGGCUCCCGCUGUCCCUCUGGUCAGGUCUCCCUCCCGUCUCCCCUCCCAAUCCCCGCCCGCGAGAUCGCCGCCCCAGGGGGGCCCUAGAUCCCGAUGGCCUCGCGCCGGCGCACCCUGCUCAAGGUCAUCAUCCUCGGCGACAGCGGGGUUGGGAAGACGUCCUUGAUGAACCAAUACGUGAACAAGAAGUUCAGCAACCAGUACAAGGCUACGAUUGGCGCGGAUUUCCUCACCAAGGAGGUGCAGUUCGAGGACAGGCUCUUCACUUUGCAAAUAUGGGACACAGCUGGUCAGGAAAGGUUUCAGAGUCUUGGUGUUGCAUUUUACCGGGGAGCAGAUUGUUGUGUCCUAGUCUAUGAUGUUAAUUCUAUGAAGUCAUUUGAUAAUCUGAACAACUGGCGUGAAGAGUUUCUAAUUCAGGCUAGCCCAUCAGAUCCGGACAACUUCCCUUUUGUUCUUUUGGGUAACAAAGUUGAUGUAGAUGGUGGCAACAGCCGUGUGGUCUCCGAGAAGAAGGCAAAGGCAUGGUGCGCCUCUAAAGGGAACAUCCCAUACUUUGAAACAUCUGCGAAGGACGGAACAAAUGUCGAAGAUGCUUUCCAGUGUAUCGUAAAGAACGCACUGAAGAAUGAACCAGAGGAAGAACUGUAUGUGCCGGAUACCGUGGAUGUGGUGGGUGGCAACCGGACCCAGAGAUCAUCUGGUUGCUGUUAAAGCAUGACGCGUCAGAGGUGUCACGAUCAUCGGCUCUGCAGUAACCAAGCAUACCUUCUCCAUUGCUGGGUCUCCAUGGUUCUCAAUGUCAUUUGUUACCUUUCCAGUCUCCUGCUAUGUACCCAAGGUCGGCUGUCCCCCAUGCUGUCGAUUCGUGGACGUUGUGCAGUUCCAUCAGUAGCGUCAUAUCUUGUGAAUACAAUUCGGUGAAAUAAGAGAAGUGUAAACUAAAGUUCAUCCGUUAUGGUCUUGUGUGCCGAUAGAAUAUGAAUUUUGUCCAUCUCAGAAUCA